GAAACCCCAACCCUCUUUUCCUCGCACCGGAAAGAAAGAGAAACCCUUAAGACCUCUCUUUUAUUUGUAAUGCUAAUGCCUCUGUUUAGCCCAAAAACUUACGGAGCUCUCACAUAAUCUCUGUUUCGCUCCAUUCUCCUCCAUAUAAAUAAUUCAAUACAACCCUUAUUUUUAAGCUUUUCUUCGAAAACAUGGCUUCCAUGGUAGUUCCAAAAAGCUUAAACCCAGAAGCCCCUGAAUUUUUUCCUAAUUACUACUAUAAUCCACAAAAUCAAAUCACCCAAUUUUUCUAUUACGUUAAUUCUCCAAUCUUUGCCUCUCCAGCUCCUGAUCCCCGUAGUUACUAUUCUGCCCCUCCACCUUCUUCUCCUUAUGUUUGCUACCCUAAUAAGAACGAAACCCUAGUCUCACCCACUGUACCAACUGUGACUGAACCAAGCCCUGUAAUUACGGUUUCUGGCCAAACCCAUUUGGUGCAUGAACCCCAGGUGGGAACACAAGUGGUGGCUCCUCGAGGAGGAGAAAGAGAAGAAGGUGGGUUUUGUGGGAACAGGAGAGGUCGUGGGAUUUUUAAUGGAAGGCAAAAAGGGUAUUAUGGUCAUAAUCAGAAAAAAAGUUUGAAGCAACAAGAAUGGAAGGCUAAAAGUGAUGAUGGUGACGAUGAUGGUUAUAAAAAUUUCAAGAAGAUUGGGUCUAGUAGUAGAAGACAUGCAAAAAGAUCUUGUUCGAGACAACAUUAUUCAUUUGUACCCAUUGGUCCUGAUCAAGAAAAUACUACUGUUAUGAUUAGGAAUAUACCUAAUAGAUACUCGAGAGAGCUUUUAAUGGAGUUUCUUGAUGAUCACUGCAUGCAAGAGAAUGAAAAGGUUAAAAUAAAGAAUGAGACAAUUGUGUCAGCCUUUGAUUUCUUGUAUCUUCCUAUGGACUUUGAAAACAAAGCCAACAAGGGCUACGCCUUUGUGAACUUCACAGAGCCAAAAGCCGCAUGGAAGUUUAACAUAGCAGUUCAUAACAAGCGUUGGAAUCUUUUCCAAUCAACCAAGAUUUGUGAAAUAGCCAGUGCAAGAAUCCAGGGAAAGAAGGAGCUGGUGAGGCAUUUUGAGAGCUCUGUGUUUGAGUGCGAAAGAGAUGAUUAUCUUCCCGUAUGCUUUAGUCCUCCUCGUGAUGGUUCAAAGGUGACUGUGAAGGAAACGAUAGUAGGGAGACGUAUCGUGACCUGAGCUGAAGCCGCACCGACCACCGCUAUAAUCAAUUCCGGCCACCGCAGCAGAGAGAUGAGAUUUUAGUUUGGGAAUAACCCAAAUCUUUGCAAAAAGAAAAUAGGAUGAGAGAGAAAAAAAUAAAUUUAAUAAUAUUGUAAUUAAUUUAGUAACAAAAAAUAGUUUUUUAAUAAUAUAAAAUGUCAUCUAGUAAUAUUUUACAAUUUCAAGCGCAGGGAAAAAAUUUGUUUUUGCGUGAUUGGAUUAAUAAGGGUGUGAUGUUAACAAUUUUACAACUUUAUCGUGUUACAAGGUUAUUUUGAAAGUAAAAAGGAUCACAAAACUUUUUUGCUCUAGUUCAGGAGGCAAAUGAUAUAUUCAGCCGUUUUUAAAUUAUCUUUCCUAAUUUGGCCGAUAUAUAUAAAUAACUCCUGAAGUUUCACGAAAAAAAUCUUGUGACUCUUGUAUUUUCAAAGUAAUCUUAUGAUAUUUAAAUUUUACGUUUUGUAAUUUAUAUACGCCUGAACAGAGUAAAAAGUAUGAAAUGAAUCGCACGCUCGAUGACGUGGAUUAAUGGCAAUCUGGAUGUUAAUUAUGUUGAAUGUCAUCUCACCUUAGUUAGUUAGUUAGUUUAGCUUUCUUUAAAUUUCUCAAUUUCUUUUUGUUCUUUUUCCUGAAACUUCCUUCCUUAAUACACCGACAAGUAAAUCUCCAAUGCUGCUGGUUUGUCUGAUUUUCAUUUUGUUUGUUUGAUCGAUUGAGAAGA